AUGUCCCCUGUUCCAACGGUUUCGUCUCUACGGAAUAUAUGGGAUCGUGUAGCCGAACUCCAGGCGAUGAUUAAUAAUCCUGAAAUCAGCAGUGAGCAGAAGAUAAAUAUACAAACAGCAAUCGAUCUUUAUUAUAAGAGUGGACAGCCUAUACCACGGGUCUGCAUCCAGGGUGGAAAGGUUAUUUGCCUUCAAGACCUUGAUUUCUCCCGCCCGUUCUGGAUGGAGGGUUACGGCCAGCAGCUAUCAGCACAUACUGUUAUUCCCGCUGCUGAAAUCAGCUCAACCUAA